UCAUGGCUGCUGCUGUUUCUUGCAAGUCAACAAGAGGAAGAGAUAAUCAUCACGCAAUCACAAUGAGCAAAACAGUAUCAAUAAUAGCUGAUGAAGUUUCAUGGUGGUGUGCUCUAUUAUUGGUAUGUGUGAUCUUAGUAACUGCUAUCAAGGAGAUUAAUUCUAUUUCUACUGAUCAUCAAAAUAUUGGUCAUGGUCAUGAUGAGAUGGUGAUGAUCAGUACUGGAAAUAAUGGAGAUGGUAUGAGUAAUCAUUUCUCGAUUGGUGGUAAUAAUAGACCAUGUGAAGAAAUCUAUGUGGUUGGUGAAGGAUCAUACCAUCAGACGCUCCUAGUAUGGAAAAUGUUGUCUGGUAAUUAAAAUGUUUAAAGCUCUAGGCACAUUUGUUUUAAAUUCUUUGAUUGUAG